UCAAAUCCUAUUUAAUUCAACAAUCUUUCAAUACUUUUCCAAGCAAAGGCAACAAAGAGGCCAUGGAGAAAGCUUCCUUCAAGAUGGCAUUUUUGGUUAUCUUGCUAGCCACCAGUAUGUUUUUUUCAACAAAAGCAAUAACUUGGGGACAGAGCUGCAGAUUUCCUAUUGAAUGCAAGUCUAUUAUGUGUCGGCCAGACGUCUCUGCUAUAUGCAAUGGCUGCCAGUUUUCUUGUCCACCAAUUGACGAAGAAGACAACUUAAAAGGUGCAUUGAUAUGAUAUGCAAUCGCAAUUGCUGCUUCCCUAAAAUUGCCUCUACUAGGAUUGUCAAAAUUUCUUUUGUCAUCCUAAAAAGAAAUAAAUUAAACUAAUAAGUGGCUUACACAUCC